GGAUUUUUUGUGAGCAAAUAAUUUUCUUAUAUAACAACCGCUACAAUAAAACAUUGCAGUUAUAAACCGUAAAGCAUAAAGUUAACAAUAACUGAAAUGCAUACAACAACAACAAUCCUGGUAAUCGUGGCUGUAUUGACCAUAAGCACUUAUAUGGUGUCGGCCGAUCCAAUUCCUGAACCGGAGCCUAACGCGAUUCCAAACCCGGAACCUGAGGCCGAAGCCAUUCCCGAUCCCGAAGCCAUUCCCGAUCCCGAAGCUAUUGCCAUUCCCGAUCCCGAAGCUAUUGCCAUUCCUGAUCCAGGACCCAUUCCAUAUCCUGAAGGUGAAGAAGAGGAUUAG